GAUAAUCAAAAGACAACUGCAAUGAGUGGACCAAAGCGUGCAUACUUGCCAGCUGUUGUGUAAAAUAGUAGCGUAUUGAUUUUUAAGAAGUUUGUCAAAGCUGUUGUCUAGUGUCUGUGCCUGCAGACCAGCCUGAGUUGACAUGAUGGCGGCAAAACCAGAAACGAUUCAAGCUUCCUAUGUGGUUCGAGGAGGACGACGAGAAGACUGCGAUGAAUUAUUACGACUCAUCUGGGAACUCGCUGACCAUGAAGGAACACUGCAGAAGCCCACAAUUACGAACGAAAUUCUUCUUGAAGAUGCUUUCGGUGAAAGGCCCAAUCUCCAUUUCUUUGUGGUAGAACUAGAGGACAAUGGAGUCAGCAGAAAAAGAAUGCUCAUGGGGUUUGCUGCAAUGAACAGUUUCGUCACUGAUAUUUUUGACGGUCGACAUUCGAUGCUUUGUGGUCUGUACAUCGACGAAGGCCACAGAGGUAACGGACUCGGGAGGGCACUCAUGAAAGCAGUUUGUAAGACCUGCCUUGAUCUGGGUGUUGGCUCUCUUGAUUUCGACGUCAAGAUGAACAACCAACGAGCUCGACAUUUUUACUCGAGUCUUGGAGUGACUAACAACACGGAAACGAAGGGCUGGGAAUAUUGGACAUUCCAUGAUACGAACAUGAACAAGUUUUCUUCAGAACCCGAGUGCCUCAACGGAGUGAAUACACAACUUUAAGAUAGUGAAGAGGAGACGAGUUUCAAUUUAAAAGAUUGUUUUUAAAGUAUUAUAAAAUCAUGGGCUCGAGCUCAUGCGUAUACAAUUGAUGUGAAAUAAAUGAAUGAAUGAAUUAAUGAA